AUGUCUACCGUGGAAGACUACCUCGAUGACCUGGACGACAUCGACCUGUCGGACUACGGUCUCGACGAAGACCUGGACAUCGAUUGGUCCGACCUGUCCACCUCGACGAGCUCCGCCUCAGAGCCUACUUCGACCGUCUCUGACUGGAUUGAUGAUGCCAGCGACGGCACAACCUCGAGCUCCAGCUCUAGCUCUACUAGUCUCGGUGCGCUGGGCAGCGACUACUCCGUCCAGGGAACCAGCUCCUCGUGCGCGUCGGAGGUCGCAUUCAAGACCACAGGACCACGAGUCGAUCUCGCGUUUGACGUGAUCUUCCUGGUCGCGUUCAUCGCCAUUGCCGUCUUCACCGUGCUCCGCCUGCUCAAGAUGAAGAAGAGCAGCGCAGGCGCAGGUUCUAGUUUUGCAAAGUGGCUCUUGUUCCCGGUGUCCAUCUUCCUCGCUAUCUUGUACCUCUUCAUCGACACCCUAACCCUCAUCCUAACCGAAUGCGUCAUCAUGCGCUACGACAAGUACCAGCAGGCCGCAACAGCCACCGCAUGGUUCAACAGCAUCUCCAUCUUCCUCUUGAUGAUCGCCGUCCUCCUCCCCAUCUGCCUGGACCUCCAACGCAGCGGCAGCAGCAGCGGCGACGCCAAAGCUCACAAAUUCGCAACCCUCACCCUCUACGUGCACUCCGCCUGGCUCGGCCUCACGGGCCUCUUCCUCCUCGUCAGCCUCGCCGUCUACAGCCACAUCCAGGACUCGCUCUACCGCACAGGCGACACCAUCGACAUCGACCUCGUCCGGUCGGCUCGCAACCUCAGCAUGACGUACUACGUCUUCCUGUUCCUGGCUGCGCUGCUGGGCGUCGCGAAUAUGGGGUUUGCGCUGGUGAAGAAGGAGAGUUUACGACGAGGCAAACUCCCCCUCCUAAUUCCCACCCUCGCCCUCUCAACACUAACCCUGACCCUCGUGCUCAUGGGCGGCUUCGCCGACACGAACUACGGCGAUGCGUUCCGCUCGUGGGAGUACUUUGAGCGCUCCGGCGACGCGCAGGUCUUCCUGAGCAGGCUGUUCUACGCCGUUGCGUUUGUUGCCGCGCUCCUUGUCGCUGCUGAGGAUCUGGGCAGGGAUGAUGCCGCGGCGUACCCUGCGUCCGGGCCCGUGCAGGUGCUUCCUAUGACGGGGUCUGCUCCGAGUCCGGUGGUCCAUGGGCCGGUGAAGGUUUAG